AUGGCUGUUGCUUCAAGUGAAUUAUCCAAUGUUCGUUCAUCUGUCAUAUUUGAAAUAUUUCUAACUAUAAAUCGUUGGUGUUUAUUAGUUUGGUUACUUAUUGAAUCUCUUAGUUUUGUUUAUAAAAAUGCAACAAUUAUAUAUCCUAAUCAAGGUUAUUUCGCUGGCGAAGUAAUCUUAAUGCUUGCUGUAUUUUUUGUCGAUCUAUUUCGUAUAUUACUUGGAUCAAUAUCAAAUCGAACUGAAAGUAUUCUUCUUUCCGCAUUUACGAUUAUAUUAACAAUUGCCGUCUUUUUUGGAUAUUUAUAUUUUAUCUUAUGGCAAUUAUUUGUUAUACGAGCAGAAUUAAUUAUGACAAUAAUUGCAUUAAUUUUUACUGGAAGUGAAAUCAUAUUUUUAAUUUUAUGUAUUGUAUUUUUUGCACGACCAUCACCCAUACCAACAAUUUAUCGGCAUUUACCAUAUCAAGCAUCGCUAUAA